AUGGCUACUAGGCUUUUUCUUGUGUUUAUUCUCGCUUUUGUCACUGUUACUAAUGCUAGGAAGCUUGCUGUGACGGAAAAGGGUGAAGUUGGCGAGACGAAGACAUUCUUCUUCCUCUUUCCUGGUCAUGGCAGUUUGAACGGUGGUGGUGGAGGAGGGUUUGGUGGUGGUGUUGGAGGUGGACAGAAUGGGGGCUCUGGCUUCGGGGGUGGAGUUGGAGGUGGGUAUGGCUAUCGAAUUGGAGGCUUAGGUGGAGGCGGUGGACUGGGUGGGGGGUCAGGCUUUGGUGGUGGUUUUGGUUAUGGAAGUGGUGGAGGGUUUGGUAAUGGCGGAGGUGGAGGUGGAGGUGGAGGUGGAGGUGGUGGAGCAGGUGCUGGAUAUGGUGGAGGAUUUGGAGGAGGGUUUGGAGGCGGAAAGCCUUGA